AACGAAGCAAAAAGGGGCAUUGAAUUAUUUGGUUAAAAGUUAUUAUUAUUUGAGUUAAAAUGGAAGGAAACGUACAAGAAGUGAAACGUGUUGCGGUGAUUGGUGCCGGGUGUGCAGGUCUAGUUGCUCUAAAGGAAUGCCUGGAGGGAAAUCUACAAGUAGUUUGCUUUGAGAAAAACAAUAAAAUAGGUGGCCUAUGGAACAUCAAAGAUGGGAAAAAAGAUAAAGAUUACAAAGGUCCAACCGUGUAUCCAUCUCUUGUGAUGAACACAUGUAAGGAGACGAGCACGUGCAGCGACCAUCCCGUUCAAGACGAUUGGCCAAAUUUCUUACCAUGGAGUUUGUUCUUGGAGUAUCUUGAAUCAUACGCAAAUCGCUUCCAACUGAGGCAGCACAUAAAAUUGAACGAGGAAAUUGUAGAAGUCUCACGAUUGGAUACGGAAAGGCCCAACGGCAGAGGCUGGAAAGUUGUGCAUAAAAAUACCACAACAGGUUCAGAGUCGACCGAUACAUUUGACGCUGUAAUUGUGGCUAGUGGUUUCUUCACUGAAGAGUAUUGGCCAGCAUACAAAGGAAUGGAUAUGUUCACAGGAACCUUCUCUCAUAGUGGUAGUUUCUUCACUGCUGAAGAAUAUAAAGAUAAAGAUAUACUCGUUGUAGGUGGAUCGUACUCGGCCGGAGAUGUAGCGACCGAAAUUGCGGUACUUAGUAGGAAUAUGUUUGUCAGUGCGACGCAUGGAUUUUGGGUUCUUCCUCGCCUUCUGGACGGAUACCCUCACGAGGCUGCAUACAGUACCAGGAUUGUCAAUGAUGUCAUCUCGAUUGAAGAUCUGAGAGCAUCUUUAGAAGAAAAGGUAAUCAAACAUGUUGACCCUUUCGAAUAUGGAUUCAAUCCCGCAAGAAGAUUUCUUCGACAGUCACACAUGUUUAACGACGAGAUUUGGAGACUGAAGCGUGAUGGUAAAGUGCAGGUUGUGCCAGGUAUCAAGGAAUUUACAGAAGAUUCCGUCAUUUUCAGUGACGGCUCUACCCACCAUAUUGACCAUGUGAUAUUUUGCACAGGAUACAAAACAAAAUGUUCCUUUUUGAAGGACAUGCAACAUGAUUCUGCAAUCGAUUUGAACUUAUACAAGCAUAUGUUUCCCGUUGGAGUCCCAUGGGCCGAUGACACACUUGCUUUUGUUGGUUUCUGGGAUUCCCUUGGUGUGUAUCUUCCGUGUAUGGAGUUACAAAGUCGGUUCAUUGUCAGCGUCUUAAAGACUCACCCCCGCUAUAAAAGGCCUGAAUCAGUUGAAAAAACAUGGCUGAAUUCAAAAUUUAGACAAAAUCUGAGCUCACUGACAUUUUCCUCAUUUUCUCUAGUUAUAGAAACCCUAUCACUCUAUAAAUUGUCACAGUUAUCUAUGAAUAUAGGAGGCAUUGAAACAUGUUAA